AUGCGGCGCUCAGAGGGUUGGGAGCCGUCGGUGAAGCUCCGGAGGUCGACGACCAGAAAAGUAAGCAAUCAAUUAUCUAUCGAUGAGUCCAUACGACUCUCAGGCGAUGUCUUUGAAAACGUGUUGCAAACCAAUGAUGUGGUCAAAGCGUUGGCAGAUAUUGAGCCCUAUUGUUUGUUUGGUCAAUUGGCCAGAUUGUUUAAAUUACUAUACUGGACGUACGCCGAUACACACGCCGGUAUCGGACCCGUAAACGCCGAGAUAUGCGGCCAACUAAUGGACACUGAACUGGGAAAGUAUCCGAAAAUCGAUGUGGCCAUAGACUCGUACCACAGACUAUUGGGUGACCCGCACGUCACGCCACGACGAUUUAUUUACUUUGAGCUAACGUGGUGUUAUGCGCUGCAAUCUGAUUGGCCAAGAUGCAUUGAUUACGCCGAGAAAUUUCGUACCAACAGCUUUUACACUCCGGCCAUCGCUACGUAUAUGGAGGCUGUGUUUCGGUACACGGAAUGGACCAUAACUGAAGAGCCCGUGGCUAAAGACAAGGCUACAGAAUUGUUCAAACUGGUGCCGACACUUCGUAUACGACAUUUGGGCAAAACUAUUACACCGGAAAAGGUGGCGGUUGUGAGGGCUCAGGAUUAUAUCAAAAACGGGGAACUCUUGGUUUUGCCGGACGUGGCCAUAUUAUAUGAACUAAACUAUUUGUCGCUUAUAAGAGGCGAUACCGUAUUAUUGAACAAAUUUAUGGAACGCAUUACUGAAUGCGAAUUGAAAUACCAAUGUGACAUAGACUCAUCAGACUAUCUGGAUAAUUAUCUGAUAGCUAUAUUUUAUAAGGGAGUUGUGUUUAGACUAAUGUCCGACUUUAAAAAGGCGACCGAAUGUCAGCAAAUUAUUAUUGAUAACGAGUCGAGAAUUGGGGGACAGUUUUCACUGCCGGCUCAGGCGGUCCUCGAAAUGGGUUUAAUUGAAUACGAGAUAAAAAACACUAAAAAAGCAAUCGAUUUGCUUAACAAAUGUAUUAACGAAUACACGGGUUAUCUGAACGAGAAUUACGUUCACAUUAAGGCGUUUACAGCCCUCAGAGGUCUGGGAGUGUGUAAUACAAAACAGGCCGACGACGAGCUCCUCUUGGAUGAAUAUAAGAAACAAUGGCUUAAAGACAUAAACAUUGAUCAGAAAAGUUAUGAUAAAGUGGUAGAGAUUGAAGACACGAAUUAAAUUUAAGGGAA